AUGAUGCCCGUUGUUGGGGCGCAGAAGCAAGACUGGCCAGUGGAUUGCGUCAGCCCGAACGACGCUAAUGCGUCGUCGUCGUCUACUGGCCCAAUGAGCCGACACAACGCUGCGCCCGACCGACUUUCACACAAGCAUACAGUUGCUUCUGUCAUUAAACUUGGAGCGCUUGCAAGAAUGAUGAUGCCCGUUGUUGGGGGCAAGGAAUCGCGGUCCCGUUCCACACACGAGACGAGCAAGACUGGCCGGUGGAUUGCGUCAGCCCGAACGACGCUAAUGCGUCGUCGUCUUCUGGCCCAAUGA